GGUGUGUGAGGACGCGCUCUGGGAAGCUGAGUGCCAGAGCAGGGGAGCAGUGGCUGUGGUACCUGCUGCUACCCAGGAGGACGCUGAGCAUCGGACAUCGGGCGCGGGGCGCAGCGUGCGGGACGGGAAGGUGAAGUCAUGACGUCCGCCAGUGAAAAUGUGCUGUUUGGAAUGGGAAAUCCUCUUCUUGACAUCUCUGCUGUGGUAGACAAAGAUUUCCUUGAUAAGUAUUCUCUGAAACCAAAUGAUCAGAUCUUGGCUGAAGACAAGCACAAGGAAUUGUUUGAUGAACUUGUAAAAAAAUUCAAAGUUGAAUAUCAUGCUGGUGGCUCUACCCAGAAUUCAAUGAAAGUUGCUCAGUGGAUGAUUCAGGAGCCACACAAAGCAGCAACAUUCUUUGGAUGCAUUGGGACAGAUAAAUUUGGGGAGAUCCUGAAGACUAAGGCUGCUGAAGCACAUGUGGACGCUCAUUACUACGAGCAGAGUGAGCAGCCGACGGGAACGUGUGCUGCGUGCAUCACUGGCGGCAACAGGUCCCUUGUUGCCAACCUUGCUGCUGCCAAUUGUUAUAAAAAGGAAAAGCACCUUGAUCUGGAGAAGAACUGGAUGUUGGUAGAAAAAGCCAGAGUUUACUACAUCGCGGGCUUCUUUCUUACAGUUUCCCCGGAGUCAGUAUUGAAAGUGGCUCGCCAUGCUGCCGAGAACAACAGGGUCUUCACGUUGAAUCUGUCUGCACCGUUUAUUAGUCAGUUCUUCAAGGAAUCCUUGAUGAAAGUCAUGCCUUAUGUUGACAUCCUCUUUGGAAAUGAGACGGAAGCUGCCACUUUUGCUAGAGAGCAAGGCUUUGAGACUAAAGACAUUAAAGAAAUAGCCAAAAAGACACAGGCUCUUCCAAAGGUGAACUUGAAGAGGCGGAGGACCGUGAUCUUCACUCAAGGACAAGGUGACACUAUAGUGGCUGCAGAGAAUGAUGUCACUGCUUUUGCUGUCUUGGAUCAAAACCAGAAGGAAAUCGUCGACACCAAUGGAGCUGGAGAUGCAUUUGUUGGAGGUUUUCUGUCUCAGCUGGUCUCUGACAAGCCCCUGACCGAAUGCAUCCGCGCAGGGCACUAUGCGGCAAGUGUCAUAAUUAGGCGAUCUGGCUGCACCUUUCCCGAGAAGCCAGACUUCCGCUGACGGAAGGGAGAAAGCCAGGCUGGGAGUGGAGCGCGGUGACCACGUCCAGGCCUUCCUGCCACGAGAAAGAUUAAAAUUAUCUGCUCUCUUUGCCCACCAUGAUUCUCACUAUUAAUUAGAGGGCUCAGUGCUACUCCUAGAACCUUUAGUCUCUCUGAAAUCUGGGGAAAAUGUUUAUUUCCAUAGUUUGUUAGUGCCUCUUAAAAGUCAAACAGGAAUACAUUUCAGUAGAAACUUUUAUUUCACUUCAAUUGUCUGUAAAUUCAUCUGUAUUUAGCAAAUUGAUCAGGUUUUGGUUUUGUUUUUUUUUUUUUUUUUUACAUUUCUGUUUUCAAUUCAGGUGCAAUUUAAUAUAAUAGACUUUUUAAAGAAAUUAAUGCUAAUAUCAUUCUUGAGCUUUUUAUAUAAUUAUAUUUAAUUUGGUUGAAAGUGUGUGUGCACACACUGGUUAAAUAAGGUACAGAAAUGUUAAUCACACUGAAUUAUUCCACAUAAACUCUACAGUGUGCUUCAGACAUCUGAUGGACUUGGGACACCUUAUUAAUUCCCCAACAUUUGCAUUAUGUUCAGACUAUAACCUUCUGCUUAUGGAUGGUACUCUGUAAUUUGAUACAAAUAAAAAACUGCCAUAUAGGAA